AUCCCUACUACACCCCUUUUUUAUGAGUACUAUAAUACUAAUUAUGACAAUGGAUUAGAUCGCUAGUGGCGCUCUCUCUCAUCAUGGCGUUGCUCCAAUUCAAACCAGCCCCCAUGUAUAUCCUAGACGAGGUCGACGCGGCGCUCGACCUGUCGCACACGCAGAACAUCGGUCGCCUCAUCAAGACGCGCUUCAAGGGCUCCCAGUUCAUCGUCGUCUCCCUCAAGGACGGCAUGUUCCAGAACGCCAACCGCAUCUUCCGCACCCGUUUCAGCGAGGGCACAAGUAUGGUGCAGGCCCUAACCGCCGCGGACUUCAAGUGAUCGGGCACCUACCUGUACCUAAUUUUACCUUACACGUCUAUAUUUCUUCCAACCUACCUCUCGCGGAAGGUAGACAAAUUC